UUAGGACACAAUAGGCCUUUUUCACAGCGGACAUUUCCACUCGUCAACUUGUACAAUGGCUUUGUUCUUUUCAAGUGUCUCAGUGUCACAGCACAAGGAAAAAGAAAACGUGUUUUCCUGAACACAGCGUCGACAGUAAAGCUUCUUAUUACGGAACAAGUGGAGAUUCAUGCUCUAAAGGUCAAACACGCGUUCAAGCAGAAUGUUUGUGAAAGGAGGAGAAAGACUGCGGAUGUACACCCAAGAGUGAAAAGAGUGUUUUUGAAGGGUAGUCCCUAGGCUCUUAAAGGGGCACUCAACCAGGAAGUCGAGUUGCAUUAUGGGAAAUGUGUUUGGAGGUUUGGUGUGGAUGCUGGUGGCGUCGACUCGUAUCGUACAAAUGGAAAACCCAAUGGGCUGGGUGAUGUUCGUGUCCGUCUUCUGCUUCGUGAUGACGACACUCUUGUUCUUCAUCUACCUCUUCGGAGCCAAUCAGAACAGAGUCUGGCCCUCCUUGGAUGUGGCUUAUCAUUUUUUUGCAGUGGUGCUGUACCUCAGUGCGUCGGUGAUCCUGGCUUACAUCACAGUUCUGGAAGGGUCACUUGCGUCAAUCUUUAUUUUCAAAAGCUACAAACUGCACGUUUCUGCAGUGGUGAUGUCCUAUGUGGCCACUCUUCUCUACUUCCUACAUACCAUUUUCUCUGCCAUGCGAUGGAAGAGGUCCUAAUAAGACAAAGACCAGCUGACCUCUUCACCGGACUAAACACCUUUUGUGUUGUUUGUUUUUAUUUUCACAUCGGCAAGAUUAACUUUCUUUUAACCAAAGUGCUAAAACAUCAAAUGAAGAAAUAUGUGAAAAACAAGCAGAUAGAUUAUUGCUAAAUGUUAUUUGUUUGUUGGCCUAAACAUGAUUACCCAACCAUUUACUCUUUUGUAUUUUCUAGAAGCAGAACGGCAGCGGUUUGGUCACAAGUGAACGCUAUAAAUGUAUAAGAAAUAUAGUCGCAUAAGGAAGGUCAAUGUGUGUAAAUAACUAGCAGCAGGUACUACAUUAUGUUUUAUCACGAUAUCAAAAUUAUUUUUACUUGCACUGUAUUUUUUCACCAAAUAGGAGAAAGACCUUAAAGGGUCAGUUCACCCAAAUUACAAAGAAACACAUUUUCUUAUGUGUUUUCUUCCAAAUCAUUCAUUAGUUAAACUACAGAACACAGUAGAGGCCGUGUUGUGGCCUCCCGGCGCUCAGCAGCGUGUAAAAAAAACAACUUUUCACAAUCUUUAUGAAGAGGUUCUAAACAAUUGCGACAAAUCAAAGUUACAUUAAAGCAUUUCAUAGACAUUCACUAGCAGAGCUUAGUGUUCUAACAACAUCCUCGGAGGCUUGUACUAUUCACUGGAACCUAUUUAAAAAACGUUCCCGCAAUGUUUCCUCCAUGUUUACGACGAGCUAAAGCUAAAUGUUUAAAGGAUAAACGACUCUCCUUCUUGACCACUACAAGUCUUUUAAUUUUAUUUUAUAUAUCAGUUCUUUCUGUUUGCUUCCUCAGUCCUGACGUACGGUAUGGAUGGAUGUUUCCACCUGAUUUAUUGUUUGAAUAAAAUAAAUGUA